AUGCAAACGUCGGGCGCCAUCAACGCGCUUGCGCUUCCCAAGGGCUCCAAGCUUGCAUGCGAGCUCUGCGGCGAGGCAGCGCGCGAGACCGACUGGGUGGGCAUCCACGGGAAGAUCUGCGGCCUCCUUGCUGCGCUUCGGUCUCCGCCGGGCUUUCUGGGCUCGGAGGAGGAACGUGCGGCGCGUGCGGCUGAGGAGGAUGAGCUCAAGCACGAGCUGCUGGCGGUGGCGCGGCGGGAGGGCCACCGGCUGCUGUACGAGGGCCACAACGAGCGGGCCAUGCCGGCAGCACUGCACUCGCUCCGCUUUGCCAUCGAAAUCUAUGGCCCGGACCACAUCGAUCUUGUGCCGUCGUACCUGCUGCUAGGUGAGGCCUCGAUCGGGCUCGACCGGUUCUCGGCCGGCGAGCGGUACCUCUCGCUCGCCCGUUGGGCUGUCCUCAAGACGCCCGACUGCCCCAAGAUCAUUCUUGCCCAGCUUCACCGCAACUUUGGUCUCCUCUACGCCGCCCAGGGCAAGCACGGCGAGGCGCUCAAGGAGCUCGCAGAGGACGUGUACUACUCGUCGAGCGUGUUUGGGCCCAAGCACAUCAACGCCACCACCGGCCACUUUCAGAUGGGCAACGUCUUCCUGCAGCUCAACAAGCAGCCGGCCGCGCUCGCCGUCUUUGAGCUGGUCACCUCGGUCUGGCGCACCUAUCUCACGGCUGCCUUUAACGAUCCGGCCUUCCUCGCCGCCAACCCCAUCGACGAGGCCAAGCAGGCCGAGGCCAUGCAGAUGCUUCUCCGCAUCGCCGCUGUUCGUGAGGACAUCUUUGGCCCGCACGCCGAGCCGUUUGGCGAGCUCAACUUUGUCCUCGCCCUCCUCCACCACUUUCUCGGCAACCUCGCCAAGGCCGCUACCUACGCCUCCACAGCCCUCCAGGUCUACCACGCCCAGGAGAAGGUCUCCGCCGACGUCACCGACGAGAUCGAGGCCCUCAUCGCCGCCAUUGACGACGAGAUUGCCGCCGCUUAGUCACCGUCUCUUGCCCUCCCGACAAACGCCACAAUCCGCA